AUGACCGAUUUUGAUGCACCAAUCUUUGACAAAAAGCGUCUCCAAGUGGAUGAAUUUUCGGACGGAGAUGAUCCUGAAACAGCGAAAGAGCAGGCUCUCAGUCGCUUUUUCAAUGAGGUGAAAAAGUUGGAUCCGUACUUUGAGACAGUUAGCGAGGCCAUAAAGCGGCUUAAGACUUCAUCAGACCACAUCAUCAAGGGUUUUAUGGAGGACAAUACCGCAGAGAAGACGUCUGUGGAUGCCCGGACAGAAGGAUCUGCAGCCUUGAAUGCCAUUUCCCAGAAGCUCAAGGCACUAAACACGCAAAUCCAAGAAGAAAAGGACAAAGAGGACGCGGAGGCAAAGUCCCAUAACAAGGAGACUGGCAUGUACAGCCCGGAGCUAUGCCAAAAGAUAGAUGUGCUACACCAAAAGACAAAGAUGUUUCACUCUUAUUCCUCCAACUUUCAAAACUCUCAGGCUGACACCAAAGCCGCCCACGAACAGAAACUGAAGCGAAUCAUCCGUUCAGUUCGUCACGAUUUGCAAGAUGCAGAAUUAGAUUUUGUCAUCGCCUCCGGAGACCCGCAGGCUCUACAAAGGCUCAUCCAAGCGCAAUCUGACGACACCUAUCAGAUUUUAUCUGAUUGUAUGGAGCGCAACAGAGCGGUGCAAGAGAUUCAGAAGACUGCUCAGGAGAUCCACCAACUAACCAUGGACGCAGCAAUGAUGUGUGAGCAGCAGAGCAGACUAAUUGAACAAAUAGAAACAAACGUCCUCCAUGCUCGCGAAGCCGUACAAGAUGGAACAACUUACUUAAAGAAGGCGGAGAACACGCUCAAAAAGUCAAAUAAGUGCCUAUGCUGCACAAUCAUAUUUAGCAUACUCGGCUUAGCCAUUUUAAUCUUAAUAACUAGUGGGAUCAUCCGUGCCGUGAAAAAGUAG